UAGUAAGACAGCGCACCAAAAGUAUGUGCGAUAAAAUGAAAUCAGGCGAAGGAUGUGGACUGAAUUCAUUUACUGUGUACUAUUAUUUAUUUUAAUUAUAAAUAAAAAAUAUUACUGAAUAAUAACUAUUUAUGCGGUAAAUUUUUUUUUUACUUUCUGCUUUCCAUCUUUUAUUCCACUAACAGGAUUACUCAAAAAAGAAUUCUAAUUAUAAUGCCACCAAAUAAAUAAAAAAAAUGGUCAAGCCUUCGUUUAUAUUUCAUUAAGCCCAAAAGAACGUGCUCUGUUAUAUUUUUUAAAAACUGAAGUUUUGUUUGUGACAAAGCAACCCUGAUGCUUUAACCAGUUUCCAAACGUUCCCUUUGUGAAUUUGUGGGUUGCAAUCCACAUUCCAUUACAACUGAAUGUCACUUUCAAAAUUUUCAAGGAAUUGAACUGGUUAUUUAAAGUAGAUUAUUUUCAUAGAAAUUGGUAGAUUUAUUUAAGUCAAUAACGACAAUAAAUUAGGCGCAUGUGCAUAUUGGUUAGUAAAAUUUAAAAUUUUUUUGAUAUGGAUAAAUUUGUUACUCGAAUGCCAUCUUGGCAAACGGUAACCUACACAAGUACGCUAAAUCGAUCCAGAAAGGAGCCCCAGGAUAAAAAUAAAGUUAAAAAGAAGCCAUUGUGUGAAAGCCAACUACAAAAAAUCGGAAUCGAUUUAAAUCCAUCCUUGCAGAAUAACCGGCGAUUAAGCAUACGAGACGAACAUUUAUUGAAAAUAUUUGCCAGCAAACCUGAUCAGCCAUUAAUGCCGUCAAAAGAAAAUAGUGCAUUGAGCAGUAGUUCGCAUUGUUCUUUUGAACGUUUUAAUGACAUAGCACACCCUACUGUUGACAAUAACCAAUUAUUGUUUGUGGAAAAACACAACUUGCGCGAAUUGAGCGACUAUGUGAGCAGUUCCGAUGCUAUGCCUCAGCGAGAAAAGCUCCUUAUUUCCCAAUCGCCACCAGUAACAUUUAAUGAAGUAAUUUAUGAAGAUAUCGAAAACAAUCCCGUACAAAUUGCAGCUGGUUCUCCUAACUCAAAUAUUGAACACAUAACUAAUACGGAAAUAAACACAAAUAACACAAAAGAAACUUCUAAACAAACAACAUUUAGUAAAAAUCCUCAAAUGGCACGCAUACAACGUGAUCUCAACAGUCCUUCAGCAUCAUUGCGUGUCCGCGCGAUCAGAGCUUUAAAAAAUCCUGUAAAUGAUGGUUACACAAACUUUGAUAUCCCACACGAAGAACAAAACAUUAUCAGCUUAGAAGAAUACCAUCCAUCUCCACCACCAUCAAUAGAGGAACUCAUGCGCGACAUUAUAGUAUAUGUUGAAGUGCGUACUGGCGAAGAUAAUCGAUCAGAAGGAGUGAAGAAGGUUAUUUCACAACUAGGUGCACGCGUAAAUGACAAAUUACUAAGAGGUACAACACAUGUGAUAUUUAAAGAUGGUUUGCUGUCCACGUACAAAAAAGCCAAAAACUGGAACAUACCAGUUGUUUCGAUUUUGUGGGUUGAAGCUUGCAAAAAAAAGCGGAUGAUAUGCGAUCCAAAUGAGUUUCCAAUAUCAAAUAUAGAUCGCUAUGAAAACCCUGAACUCUACGAAAAAAUGAAG